AAUUUUGGAAAGCAGUUGAGCAGCUCUUGAUACACGGAACCGGCAUUGAUUUUCGUUCUCAUAGUUACUUGAAGCAAUGUAUGGGAGCCUUCUGUUCGGACUCUACGAAGCCAUGGAGAAGUUGGUCUUCCUUGGCUGUCCGGAUCUGAACUCAAUAUAUCGCCGGCUCGGCGCUUUGGCCCGGAAUGCUGGAAGGCUGCUAGAUCAAUGUGGUAAGCGCGGAAGCUCUAACCGCAUGAUCCGGCUGCUGGUAGAGCAUGGCGCCGACGCCUAACUUGUAUGCCCCGAACACGGAAUCGGAACCGCGGUUCAGCAUUCCUCGUCGUACGGAUUCACAGCCAACCUUCGGCUCUGCUGGAACUUGGGGUGCUUCCUGACGGCCGCCACGUCCACCGGGUCACUGGCGAGAUAUGCGGGUGCGAGAUUUGCAUCACGCUUGCUACUCCACUUCGAUGUGCUGCUUGCCGGGGGCAGAUCACAUGUCUCGAUGUUCUCUUGGAACACGGCGCAUCAAUCAACCAGAUAGAAGGCGAAGUUGGAUCUUGCCUGCACGCCGCGCGGUUGGUGGACGACGGGAGGCAUUUGAGCACCUCCUUACGAAGGGUGCUGACAUUCGACUUAUCGGCAAUGAGUACGGCUCUAUUCAUUGGGCGGCUGGACACGAUAAAGAUAGAGAAAUCGUCAAGAUAUGCCUCGAGAAAGGACUCUCCUGGGCCAACGCUGUUACAUGACGCUUCAAGAAACAUGGGGCCGGAAGUGGAAUCAUAUGACGCUGAUUUCCAGGAAAUAUUGAUCGACCGGGUGAUGGAAAUCUGGGGAGAGCGCUAUUCCCAGACACUGAAGGACGCUAUCCAUCGAUGUAUUGGAGUCGUCGGAGCAUAUCCUGCGAGGAAAGAAUGCUUUCUUGGGACAAAGCGGACGGAAUGUACUGCGCGGCCAUGCUCGAAAGAUCUGGAGAUAUUCAACCUUCUGACCCAACAGCCGUCACACAUCGACAUUUAAAAGGGGUGCUGCAAGCGAGCUGUUAAUGGUCGCAAAACCGCCGAAUCUCGUGUAUAUGGCGAAAGCUGUGCUGGCUCUUACGAAUGGGGGAGACUGGUUAGGGAACUUUGGCUGGGUGAUGUUAACCAGGAGUCUAAGAACAAGCCUUCCGAUGUUCUUCCCGACA